AGACUGCCUCAACGUGCGUCCGCCAUCUUGUUUAUUUUCAUUCGAGAUCAAGAUUUGCGAUGCCUUUUUUGAAAGGCAUGAUAUUUUGUAUGUAAGUCCCCUGUAAGGGGUUUAUACAGCAGACAUUGGGCAGAUUGUGAGAAAACAGGCGAAAGUGACCGUUCCGCCAAACAGUCCACAAUCUCCUGGGCGAGAUCGUAAUAAAGCGGUCACUAUAAAUAAUUCCAAUAACACCAUGAAUCAUGUGAAUGACAAUGGUGAAAAAGAUAAGACACAAGAUGUGGAAAUGGAUAUUGAUCAAAAGAAGGAGGAGAACAAGGAAGGCGGAGAUGAUGCCAACAUGACUCAGGUAAAUGGAGACAUCCAUGGGAAUGGAGCGACCAGUCAGGAAGAUGCUGAGAUGGAGGAGGAUGAGUGUCGAUCAGAAGCUACGUUUCGAUAUACUGUUGAAAAUAUAAGUAAAUUAAAAGAGACGGCCCUCAGUCCUCCUUGUAUGGUCCGAAAUCUUCCAUGGAAAAUUAUGUGCCAACCUAGACCCAAUACAGACAGACACAACCAAAAAACUAUGGGCUUUUUCCUUCAAUGCAAUGCUGAAUCGGAUUCAGUGUCAUGGUCAUGUAAUGCAUCAGCCACUCUCAGGCUAAUUAACCAGAACAAUGAGUCGGAAAGCCACACAAAAAAAAUCCAGCACUUGUUCUACAGUAAAGAAAAUGAUUGGGGUUAUAGUAAUUUCAUUGUAUGGAGUGAUCUGCUGGAUCCUAACAAAGGCUUUGUGAUGGAUGAUAAGAUUACACUUGAGGUUCAUGUUAAGGCCGAUGCUCCUCAUGGGGUUAGUUGGGACUCAAAGAAGCAUACAGGAUAUGUGGGACUUAAAAAUCAAGGUGCCACAUGUUACAUGAACUCCCUGUUACAAACGCUGUUUUUCACCAAUAAGUUAAGGAAGGCAGUUUACCUGAUGCCCACAGAAUCAGAUGAUAGUGAGAGGAGUGUGCCUCUGGCUUUACAACGUGUCUUCUAUGAACUUCAAUUCAGCGAUAAACCAGUAGGAACCAAAAAAUUAACGAAAUCUUUUGGGUGGGAAACACUAGACACAUUCAUGCAGCAUGAUGUACAAGAACUCUGUCGUGUGCUGUUAGAAAACAUGGAGAGUAAAAUGAAAGCAACUGUAGUAGAAAAUACAAUUCCAAAGCUGUUCGAGGGUAAAACAUUGUCCUAUAUAAGAUGUAAGCACAUAGAUUAUUGUUCCAGUAAAGAAGAAGCCUUUUAUGACAUCCAGUUAAACCUGAAAGGCAAAAAAAGUGUGUAUGAAUCAUUUCAAGAUUACAUAAAAGUGGAGUCACUGGAUGGGGAGAAUAAGUAUGAUGCUGGUGAAAAUGGGCUGCAGGAAGCUGAGAAGGGCGUGUCUUUUUUGAGUUUCCCUCCAGUGCUUCACCUUCAUUUAUUACGGUUUAUGUAUGAUCCAAUGGCUGACGCCUAUGUCAAGAUCAACGACAGGUUUGAAUUUCCUGAGCGACUAAUUCUAGACAAGUUUCUGAAUCCAAAAGAAAAAAAAGAUAAGACCCCAGCCAGCUACAUUCUACACGCUGUGCUGGUUCACAGUGGGGAUAACCAUGGGGGUCACUAUGUCGUGUACAUAGCUCCAAAGGGGGAUGGCAAGUGGUGCAAAUUUGAUGAUGAUGUGGUCUCAAGGUGCACAAAACAAGAAGCUGUAGACAACAACUUUGGAGGACAUGAUGAGGAGGUGGCAGUCAAACACUGUACAAACGCCUACAUGUUGGUGUACAUACGAGAAAGCUGCUUAAAUGAUGUUUUGUGUGAAGUAACAGAAGCUGACAUUCCACAGACCUUAAUUGAAAGAUUAGCUGAAGAAAGGAGACUUGAAGCUCAGAAGAGGAAGGAGAGAACUGAAGCCCAUUUAUACAUGACAAUUCAAGUUGUGACAAAUGACAAUUUUUAUGGACAUCAAGGGAAUGAUUUGUUUGACCCUGACAGAGUGAAUUUUCGAACAUUUAAAGUGAAAAAAUCAUGUUCUAUGACAGAGUUCUUGGAUAUAAUUGCUGAGAAUAUGAAGUAUCCAGUGCAGCAGAUGAGAGUUUGGCCAGUUCAGAGUCGACAAAAUCAAACAGUUAGGCCAACAUUUUUAGAUAUGGAUGCAAGUGCGCAUAAGACGGUGCAAGAGGUAGCAGAAAAUGAGAGUCCCUGGACGGUAUGGUUGGAAACUCUAAGUCCAGAAAGUGGCCUGCAGGAACUUCCUGUUUUUGAUAAAGACAAUGAUGUAUUAAUAUUUAUCAAGCUGUAUGAUCCAAAGUCGGCCUCUAUUUCCUUUUGUGGUCAUAUGUAUGUGCCAAUCUCAGCCAAAGUUUCUGAACUGGUUCCAGACUUGUGCAGACGAGCAGGUUUCCCUCUUAACACCCCUCUAAUACUCUUUGAGGAGGUGAAGCCAAAUCUGGUAGAAUUGAUAGACGACAUCAAUCUUCCUCUGGAGAAGACACUAGAUGAGCUGAUGGAUGGUGAUAUUAUUGUCUUUCAAAGGGAUGACCCUGAUAUUCAGCAGUAUGAACUACCCACUGUCAAGGAAUACUUUAAGGAUCUAUACUAUAGGGUUGAGGUGAUAUUCUGUGAUAAACUUAAUCCCAGUGAUCCGGGUUUCUCACUGGACUUGUCAAUGAGGAUGAACUACGAUCAGAUGGCCAAUGCUGUUGCCCAAUAUCUACAGACAGAUCCAUAUCUACUCCAGUUCUUUAAAACACAAAGUUAUCGAGAAGGUCCAGGCAGUGCAAUUAAAUGUACUUUUGAUGGAAAUUUGAAAGAUCUUUUGUUGUACUCAAAACCUAAACAACCUAGGAAAUUAUUUUAUCAACAGUUAAAUAUAAGAAUCAAUGAGCUAGAAAACAAGAAGCAAUUUAAAUGCACAUGGGUUAACAGCAAAUUGAAGGAAGAGAAGGAAUUGGUGCUGUACCCCAACAAAAGUGGAAGAGUGUCUGAUCUGUUGGAGGAAGCCAAGAAACAGGUUACCCUGGCAGAAGGAGGGUCAGGAAAGCUCAGAUUAUUGGAGGUAAUCAGUUACAAGAUCUAUUCCAUACAACGUGAGGACACGCUGCUGGAUCUGUUGAGCUCACAGGGUUCCACAAAAAGUUUCCGAAUCGAAGAAAUACCACCAGAUGAAGUGACACUGAAUUCCAAUGAGACAUUAAUCCCAGUGGCUCAUUUUCAGAAGGAAGUGUUUUCAACAUUUGGGGUACCAUUUUUAUUGAAAAUUAAACAGAAUGAACCAUUUUCUGCUGUGAAGGAAAGAGUUCAGAAAAAGCUAGAUAUUCCUGACAAAGAAUUUGAAAAGUACAAAUUUGCUGUGGUAGUGAUGGGGAGAGUUGAACACAUAUCAGAUGAGGAUCAGAACAUUCGAGUUGAUCUCGACAUAUUCAGGCCUCAUUCAAUACAAGGUGCAAACAUGCAAGCAAGGCCAUGGCUUGGUCUGGAUCAUGUCAAUAAAACACCCAAACGGACUAGAUACAAUUACUUAGAAAAGGCAAUAAAAAUCCAUAACUGAGAAGAAGCAUUUCCAUUUCUUUAUUUAUGGAUUUGUCUCCCUUAAACUGCCAAAUCCAAGUGGGCAGAGGAUAACAAUACUAGCUACAAAAAAAAGAACAAACUCCCAGAUUUAUGCAGCUUUUCAUUCUGAAGAUCCUAGUCUUUGGUUCCGUUUGUAAUUUUGACGUUCUGUGCAAUCACCUGUGCUCUUGGACCGUCUUGAUAAGCGUGAUCUCAUUAUUCUACACUCUGUGUGCGUGAUUACUGACAAGACAGAAGUGCUGUUAUUUUGAAAUUAAUGUUGAUCAUAGAUUAAUUUAUAUACAUCAUUCAGUCUUUGUUUAAUUUGAUAUUUUAUUAUAGUGGCUGGUGUAAAUCUACGGGUGACUUGAUCGUCUUCCUGCACUGCAGGUUAUCCUAGGAUCAGAAUGAUGAGAAGCCCAGUUUUAAUGUAGUUCAUAUUUAUUAGCCAGCUUUUUGCCCCAAAGUUUAUAUUAAAGUAUGAACCUAAAUAUGCACCUUUUGGUGUUGUUAUGAAGAAUGGAAGAUUGGAAAGGGAUGAUUUUAAAAUAAAAAUGAAUGACAUAGAGGUGGCCUGGAUUAGAUCCAUUUGCAACUUAAAGAUUUAAUGCUUUUUUAAAUGUUGUCUAUGGAAUGCAUGAUGUAAUGUUUUAUGUAUAUUAAUUUACAUGCCGUUUAGGCAUAAAAAGCAAUGUUACUUUAUUUGUAAAAAAAAAAAACAAAAAAAAAGUAAAUAAAUAAUUUCAACAUAAA